CUUCAUUGUAUGAAAUGUGCAGCUGUAAUUAGAGCUGAACAAUUUUGGGUCAACUCAAUUUAUGGACACCGAGAGAUGUAGGCCUACAUUGGUUAUCGUCAUACUUAUUUCAUACUGUACGUCGCCUGCCAAGGAAAAAGUGACAAAUUAUGGUUCUUUGGAAUUGCAGUUUGAUAUUGUUUGAUAUUGUGAGCUAACAUGCAGUAUACUUGUGCCUUCACAACUCGGAGAUACUCACUGAUUAUCGUAUCAGACGUUUAUCAUCAAAACUAACGCCAUACCAGAUCCCAUCUACAAGUAAAAAAAAGUGAUUGGAAUUGCAAUGAAAUACUUUUUUCCAUUCCACAAGUUGAUUUGAAGUUACCAUAUAGUAAGUUUGUGCUACCUGAUGCCGCUUCUUCAACGUAACGCUGUGUUCUACACCGCUCUUGCCAGUGCAGGAUUGACAUAUUUUUGGGAAACCACAAUAGACGUUUUGCAGUUGCACAAGUUUAUUUUGUAAGUUACUCUGUGUAUUUCUUCAACUUGAUGGUUACUCAAAAAUUAUCACUUCAAGAUGAGCGUUUAUCCUAAUAUAAAAAAAGAUUGUCGAUGCAUUAACUCUCGCGUGGGACACAUUUCCUUCGUUUGAAAGUAGACAGAUGGACGGAUUGUUAAAUUUGGAUCAGAAUUGUGUUCCUCUAUACCUCAUCAUUCUUCUCUCAAAGUGACUCGGUAACAUUGUUGAAGAAAAUCAAAGAAAGAUGCCAUCGAAAAAGCGUAACCUGUCCAAUUCAGGCCUACCGCGGACGAUGGGCGAUGCGGAGGCCAGGUUCAUGACUGCCGUCUGCAAUGGUAACCUGGCCUAUGUGAAGACGACACUGAGUGGCGGUGCUGACAUUGCGACCAUCAAUACAAUGCUUCAUCUGACGGAUAGCAAAGACCGUACCGCCCUCGAGAUCGCAACGGAGAACGAACACUUUGAGAUCGUGCUUUUCAUCAUCGAAGAGCAUGAUCAUCACCUAAGUCUCAAUGAGAUACAUGAAAGCCUCAUGGUGGCCAUCACCAAGGGAUAUGUUAACAUUACGCAGGUUUUACUGGGGCAUCCUUGCUACGAUGAGAAGAAAAACCGUGCGAUGCAAACAUUAGGUCCUCACGAAACCUUCUACGAUCGUAGCUACCGAUCUAAGUUCGACCGUGACGUCACCCCGAUCAUGAUGGCAGCCAUGUAUAAUGAAGUCGACAUCCUCCGAAUACUCAUGGAUCGAGGUGACGAUGUUGUCAAACCCCAUCACCCUCUCUGUGGAUGUACAACCUGUUUGAACCGGAAGGAGUAUGAUCCUCUCAUGCACUCUCUAUCCAUCAUUAAUGCAUAUCGCGCAUUGUGUAGUGAAGCCUACAUCUCAUUGACGAGUGAAGAUCCUAUCUUGACUGCUUUCCUCUUGAGCAAAGAGCUAGACGGCCUCUGUCGGACAGAGAAAGAGUUCAAGACUGAGUACAAGGAACUGAAACAGAAAUGCAAAAUGUAUGCAUCCAACCUUCUCGAUAUGUGUCAAAAUACGGAGGAGGUGAAAACGAUCUUGAAACAGGCGGCGAUCUCAGAAACUGAAGUCAAAGAGCAGGCCUGCCACAAUCCUCUUGAGAAUGACAAGGAAGAUCAGAACGCCCUCCCACGACUGGAGAUGGCCAUCGAAUACCAACAAAAACAGUUUGUAGCUCAUCCUCAUUGCCAGCACCAUCUUUCUACGCUGUGGUACCAGGGUCUUCCGAAAAUCAGACUGAUGAACACAUGGAGGAGAAUGGUCAUGUUAUCUCUCUUCCUACCCCUUGUACCAUUCGCAGUCAUUAUUUAUCUCAUCUAUCCCAAAGGAAAUUUUGGAAACUUCAUGCGAAGUCCCAUCAUCAAGUUCAUCAAUCAGUCGGUGAUGUACUUGGUCUUCUUACUUCUCAUGUUCAUGGAGUCGGUCAUGGAGUCGUCUGGAAUCUUCAGACGUAAUGAUAUCACCAUUGAGAGUAUUUUCCAGUCAUCAAACUCAUGUCGACCUUACAUAGAUCAAAUUGGUAGCUACCAUAACAUCAAGGCCAAUAUCAGAGAAGCUAGCAGCAUCAUCGAGUUCAUUCUUUUUAUUUUCGUCAUGGGGAUGAUUUGGCAGGAGGUUAAGCAGAUAUGGCGAGAAGGCGUGCAUACCUAUGUUAGAUCUAUCUGGAACUGGAUUGAUUUAGCUAUGUUAAACCUUCUCCUGAGUUCACUUGUGAUUGUGUUCAUGACUACUGAAUUGACCAACAAGGCCGAACAAUUCUUCCAAACCGAGGGGAACUGCAAGGCUCUCAUUAACAAUGAAGCCAAGGCCCAGCGGCAAUUUUAUUUCCUAUCCGGUGAUCGGAGGGCCUGGGAAAACAACGACCCGAACCUGAUAGGGGAAGGCCUGUUCGCUAUGGCCAAUGUUCUGAGCUUCUCUCGUCUCUCAUUCAUCCUCCCUGUCAGUGAAUUCCUUGGACCGCUCCAGAUCUCCCUUGGAAGGAUGAUGGGUGAUAUCAUGCGAUUCGCCGCCAUGUUCACCGUGGUCUUCAUAGCCUUCUUGUGCGCCAUGUGUAAUCUGUAUUGGUACUAUCCCAAUGAAAGCGCCUUUGGAUCGCUGUUGAACGCUAUCCGGACACUAAUGUGGGCUUUGUUCGGUCUUGGCGACCCUUCUGACCUAUCGUGCCCUGAUACUGAUUCAGACUGCGGCCAUACCUCUACCGAAGCCUUUGGAAUUCUGCUCUACAGUUCCUACAUGGGUAUCAUGGUCAUUGUUAUGCUGAACAUGCUCAUCGCCAUGAUGUCUUCGUCCUUCGAUGCGAUCAAUAAUGACGAAGAUGUGGAGUGGAAGUUUUCUCGUUCCAAACUCUGGCUGUCAUAUUUCGAGAAAGGGGCCACAUUACCUGUUCCGUUCAAUCUCAUACCUUCACCCAAGUCUAUCUUCAACAAUAUCAUUGUGGCCGGCUAUCAACUGAUCAAAAAGAACUCACGUCAACGGAACAUCGCAACUCACAGAAUAACUUCUCAGAGUAACCUGCGGAGGGCUUUGCGACGGAAUGUAACGAGUCAUGACGAUCUUAUGAAGAAUGUCGUCAAGAGGUUUCUCUUCAAGUUACAACGAUCAAAGGACACCGAUGAGGUCGAUGAAGGAGAACUUGAAGAAAUCAAGAAUGACAUAUCUAGCUUCCGAUUUGAUGUGCUGGGAAUGCUCGGCAAUCUAUCUUCAAAGGUCGACGCCCAGAAGCCUGGAAACUCCAACAUGAGCAACGGAUAUCAGGAGCAGGGACAGGGCGGGCUCGGUAAGACAAACAAUUUAGAUGACUUGGAAAAAGUCGCUGAUGGGAUCAACGAAAAGCUUAAUGUCCUGUCAGACAUGAUGACAAUAAUGCAAGACCGGUUCUCUGAGAUGUUCCAGAAAAGCCAGUCAGAAUCGAAGGCAUAAUAACACAGAUCAUCGGAGUCCUUCGGUCAUGAGACGUUUUAACAAUUCAAACCUCGGCGACUCACUGUAUAACGGAAUAAUAUCGUUAUCGACACGCAAUUUAGCUAGUCGAUCGUCAGGGAAAGAAUGAGCUGAUGAUGACAUCCGAGGAAAGAAGAGAGAACAUUUUGACAAAUAUGAAUCAUAAAUGUCUUAUUAUUUUGUUGUUUCGCUCAAUUCAAAGUUAACAGGGUUUCGCCACAUGAAGAGCUGACAUGCAAAAGGCGCUAAAUCCAUUUUCACCCGCUUACAAUGUUUCUAUACACCGUUUAUAACACAUCAUAGAUGAGCAUCCAAAUCACGCAAUUUCACCUCAAAAUGUUGCAGGAAAUGUUUUUAAAAAUCAUCAAUAUGUUUUCUUUCAAAAGGCACUAAAUCCAAAAUAUUUACCAUGAAAAACCCGCUAUUUCCAUGUUAUCUUUAUUAUUUGUUCUUGUUGGGCCAAGCAUCCCAGCUUGGAGUGCCUUGACCAAUUAGAAAGCAGAACAGAGACAGAAAGCUUACUUCACAAUGGGUAAAUUUGUAAGCCUACAUAAAAAUUUGGUUUUAAAUUUGUAUUGUUAUAAUAUAUUUUAGGUACAUGAACGUUACUAUACUGUUCGAAUUUGUAUCUACAUGUAACGGUUUUAACAUGGCGCGGUACGGAAGCUUUAGAGUUGAUUCCUUUAUGUGAUUAUAUUUCUCGUCAUUAUGCUUGUACAGCGCAUAGAGAAACUUAGGUUUAUUAUGCGCUUUAUAAAUAUUGUAUUAUUAUUAUUAGACAGGCUUUGCAAUUAUGUGAUAUUAACUGCCAGUUUUAAUUAGUGAUUGGGUGGAGAGGGGGUUAGAGGACUGUUGCUGCACACAUUUAUAUUCUCGUUUCUAGUUACAAAACAAUGAUAGUAUUUGAGUAUCAAUAUAAAGUAUCUCAUUUGAACGUUGCCGUGGACCCUCAUGAUCUUUCUUACAAAAGGCACUAAACCAUUGUUUUCCUCUCAAAGGGCGCUAAAUCCAAAACAAAAUAUAUGUAGGAUUUUGUUCAUUACUGUAUUUGUGAUCUGAAGUGAUAGUUCUAUCAUAUACUAUCUAGGAAAUUGACAACUAAAAAAAAGGAACAUGUGUAAACUAAAAAGUCUUUAUUUACUCUAAAUUUGCUGGAAGGGAUGUAGCGCCUUUGCUCGGAAGCUCAUCACAUUAAGACAUUGGGAGCUAGGUAUAGAACUGGUAGACGAAACUGCCUGUUAGUUGAAUUGAGACUUGUACGUAUAUAUUAUUCGAUAUAUUUUUGAUAAAAUGUCAUUUUAUUAUACAUCUAUCUUGACUUGUACAUUAUAUUAUAAGAAAAUGUUGCCUGAAAUCCUAUCAGGUUAAUUGAAUGAUGUAGUGAUGGUCAUUGGCGUAGGCUAUGCAGGAUUUUGUCAAGGAGGGUGUUCGAAAAUUGGAAAAUCGCGCCGACCGAGAUUUCGCUCAUUAAAAAAAAAAUGAAAGGGGUAACCCCCAAAACACUACCCCCCCCCCCUCCUCCCCCUGCUUACGUGCCUGGUGAUGGUCACCAUUUUUGCUUUGAAUUUAGACCCUCCCCCUAAAAAUAAAAAGCAAAACGGCAAGUAUACAUGGAUAUCUGAUAUGUGCAUUUAUUGCUUGCUAUCGGGCUAUGGAAUAACUUAUUUAAUUUAAUCUAAUCUAAUAUAAUAUAAUUUAGGAACUUAACAUUAAUCUUGAUCUAAGGAGACACGAACGAACGAACUUGCUAUAUAUUUACUUGGACUGUGAAAUGCACAGACAGAAGAUGACAAUUAGAUUAAUAUGUUUUAUUGUAUGAUACAAAGUGUCAAAGAAAUUUUCAGAAUGAAAAACAAAAACAUAAUACAAUUUCUUGAGGUAAAAGUGCAUGAUUCAUCAAACAUUGUAUACCUUUGAUGACAUGUAAAUAUUCCCUCUGUAUCUACAUAAGUAUAUGUAGCAGGAUAUAGUACUACCUUAAAGGGCCCAUGACAUCGAAAUACAAGUGUAUUCCUGUUGGUGUGCAGUCCUGCAUACAUCUCAUAUUUUGAUAUGUAAACUUCUGAAUUUGUUUCAUA